UCGAGCGGGCCCUUUGACGAAGGUGGUGGACUCUCUGAUCGACUUUGUCCAUCCCAGCGUCCGCGUUCAUCGCUUCCGGAUCUUCCAGGAAAAGGCACAGUCUGUCGAACUCGACCAGGCCCAUCAGAUUAAGCAAUGGCGGCUUCAUUUUCUGCACUUCGACUACCGGUCUUGAUGGCCAGGAGGCAGCCAAGCCUGCACGGUGUAUCUAGACGCCUUGCGUCGUCUGCCGCCACGCAAACCCACAACCCCGCCUACCCUCUCUACCCGUCUGUCAUCCAGCUCCUGCACGAGAAGGGCAUCCCGGAAUCCGAGGUCUCCAAGAUCCCCGCGUCUGGCCCCAAGGGCCGCCUUCUCAAGGGCGACGUGCUCGCCUACCUAGGCAGCAUUGCAGCGGACUACCCGGCGGCCCAGCAGGCGCGUUUCGAGAAGCUCUCCCACCUCGACCUCAGCAAUAUCAAGCUCGCGCCGGCGCCUCAACCGGUCGAGACCAAGGCUCCCGCCGCCGUCGAGGAAGCAGCAGCAGUCGCUGCUGCGCCGGCCCCUCCCGCCACGAUCUCCGUCGCGGUGUCGGUCUCCCUGGCUGCAGUGCUCUCCGUCCAGAACAAGCUGAAGGAGAGCCUCGGCGUGACGGUCCCGCUGGCGACCUUCCUCGCGCGUGCCACCGAUCUCGCCAACGACGACCUCCCCCGCUCCGCGACCCAGAAGCCCACCGCGGACGAGCUCUUCGACGAGAUCCUCGGCGCCAGCCCCGUCAAGACCUCGCGCGGAGAAUACUUCCCCGAGCUGAACACCCUCGAGGCGGCCGACUUGGUUACCCCGAAGAAGACGGUCAAGAAGGAUCUCAUCGAUUACCUCGCCGGGUCCUCUGCGUUCGUCAAGAAGAGCUCCUCCUCCCCCUCCCCGAUCACCUGGCUGCCCUCGGAGGAAUACCUCCCUGGCUCAGCCGCCAACGUGUUCAGCCUGACGGUGCCCCAGGGCGACGAGAAGCGCGCCAAGGCCUUCCUUGAACGAGUCCGGGUCUUGUUGCAGGUCGAGCCGGGGCGGUUAGUUCUAUAGAUACGAAGAAUAGCUGGCUUUGUUUUUUUUUUU